GUCUCCUGGCGCUGCUGGGGCUGUCGGUGUACACGGCCGGCACGCUGAGCUUCCUGGGGCAGGCCCGCACCGCCUGGCGCUUCUCCUGGUCCUACAUCCUGGGCUGGGUCGCCGUUGUCCUCACCAGCUCGGCAGGGAGUGGCACCC